UUGAGCAGGGCAGAGAGCUUGGAAGAAUGGCAACCUAUCUGCCGGAGGAAGUGGUGGUGAAGAUACUGUCGAGGCUGCCUCCAAAAUCUCUGAUACGAUUUAAGUGUGUCUCAAAAAGCUGGCAAGCUCUCAUAGGAAACCCAGAUUUCCUCUCAAAAAACCUCCUAAACGACUCCAUUAUCACCCAGAACUCCAAUGAUCCUCUCCGACAUAUCAUCUUCUUCGCCCUGGACCCCAAAACCCCCGGAAAGCUAGUACACUCUUUCCGCUCUUACGACUUCCUCCACUGCGCGCCUCAAACCCCUCUGAAUCUCCCAACAGAACCGAGAUUUGACAUCGUCGCUUCCUGUAAUGGCCUGCUCUGCCUCUGGGACUAUGCGCGAAACGACAUCUAUCUCUGGAAUCCCGCAACGUCAUCGGAACUUAAGGCUCUCCCGGCCUCGUCUUCUUACGGUCGACUUAGAGUCUCUAUGUUUCAUGUGGGGUUCGGUUUCGACUCGGUAUCUAAUGAUUACAAGGUGAUCAGAAUUCUUAUGGUUGAAGACGAAGAUGAGACAUGGGAUGAAGUAGAAAUAUACAGCCUGAGAUGCGGAUCUUGGAGACAGCUUGAUCUGGGCGUGCCCUUGGGGAUAUAUGAAGAUUCGCGGAGCGCGGCAUUGGAUGGGGUUUUUCUAUGGUAUGGUAACGACGAUUACGAGGAUCAUGUGAACGAUGAUGAUGAGAUAAUAGUUGCUUUUGACUUCAGCAAUGAGGAGUUCCGAACGAUGCUGUUUCCAGAUGCUGGGUUUUUCUGUGAUUACGGCGAAUGCACGCGGACUGUCACGGGGUUGAAAGGAUCUCUUGCUAUGUUGGUUUUUCCUAGUGAAGACCGGAAGAAAAAGAUGUAUUUGGAUAUAUGGGUUAUGCUUGAAUUUGGUGUUAGGGAGUCGUGGACUAGACUUCUGAGCAUUAAACUCCCAGUGCAUUUGGAAAGGCCAUUGGGGUUUUGGAAGAACGGGGAGUUGUUCAUGGAGAAUAGAAAGAGGCAGCUGGUCUUGUGUGAUCUUUUGGCACAAAAGGAGGCGAAACUUGGGUUUAAAGGGUCUUGGGAAACGUUAGAAGUGGUAGAACUCAGGCUGAGUUCGGUUGUGAUCAAUGGAGGGAGGGAUAAUCCGUGAGCACCUCUCCCAUCUGCAUGGUAAAGAAGGAAAAGCUUUCAUUAAAUUGAAAGUUUGUGGAAGGGCUAGUCCAGUUGCUCAACUACUCACCCAUCUUAGAAGCAGUUUGUAUUGAUUUUGAAUUAGUAAAUGACAAUGUCUGAAAACAUUUUAGCUAUGAAUAUUUCUCUUUCUAUUUGCAUGGUGGUUAGGUAUGGCAACCUUAAUUAUGCAUCGAAGCAAAUAUAUUGGUCUUGCCUC